AUGCCCUCUUUUCUCAUUCUGUCCAUCAACGCAGGAUCGAGCUCGCUCAAGACGACGCUGUACCUGGAAGAGGGGGAGGAUGGAGACAAGACCUUGACCAAACUAGCGAGCGCCCAAAUCACGGAAAUAAACUCCUUGCCUGCGCACCUGAGAUAUGUCCGCGGCUCCUUCAAGUCGACCACUGAACUGCAGGAUGUGAAAGACCACAAAAAUGCAUUCGAACAUGUCCUCAAUGCCUUUCUCACAGACUCCCAGAUUCCUCAGGCCGCGAACAAGGAGGAUAUCCAAUACGCUUGCCACAGGGUAGUGCACGGCGGGAGAUUCGAGGAAGAUCAGCUUAUCACCAAGGAGACAUUCGAUAAGAUCGAGAAGCUCUCCGAUUUGGCACCACUGCACAAUGCUUCAGCAGUAAGCCUCAUGGUUGCCUGCCGUGAUAAUUUACCAAAAGUCACGAACGUCGCAUGCUUCGAUUCGGGAUUCCAUCAUACCAUGCCAGACUAUGUCAAAACCUACGCCAUAGAUCAGACAAUAGCACAAGAGAAGGGACUUCGCAAAUACGGCUUCCAUGGCCUCAGCUACAAGUACAUUGCCCGGAGGAUAGCAGAAUAUCUGGGCAAGCCAGAGUCAGAAACAACCAUCAUUGCACUGCAUCUGGGUAGCGGAGCAUCUGCUUGCGCAAUCAAGAAUGGGCGCUCAAUCGACACCACCAUGGGUCUGACGCCUGUGUCUGGGCUGCCUGGAGGCUCACGGAGCGGAGACAUCGAUCCCAGCCUGGUGUUCCACUAUACCUCUGAUGCCAGUGCUUUGAGUCCUAGCAGCACAAAAGACCUCCAUAUCUCGACCGCCGAAGACAUCCUCAACAAACAGUCCGGAUGGAAGGCAUUGACCGGAACCAGCGACUUCUCCAAAAUCGCUGAUCCGAAUGCGCCGGAUACCCAUAAGCUUGCUUUCAACAUCUUCGUUGACCGCAUCGUUGGCUACGUCGGUAACUAUUUUGUCAAGCUUGACGGUCAAGUGGAUGCUUUGGUCUUCUCAGGUGGUAUUGGUGAGAAGAGUGCCUACCUUCGGGAAGUCGUAACCAAGAAAGUCUCUUGUCUCGGCUUCACUCUGGACGAGGGAAGAAACAACAAGGCUGCUCAAAGUGGCGAUGUUGUGGAUAUCGGUACCAGCGACAAGAUCCGUACCCUCGUGUGCGAAACAGAUGAAGACCUAGAAAUGGCUCGCAAUGUGGCAUAUCAUCCGGAGCGGAUUGGACAAGGCGACUGA